UAUUACAUAAUUUAGAAGACCUGCCGAAAAUUGUUCUCCCAAGUGCACAAGAUAAUACAAAAUGUUCGGGGCCGUAAGUAAAGUUGGUAGUGGCCUUUUAGCCGCUAAGGCAGUUGCAGAGAAGGCCCUCACGGAAUGUGGCAGAGUAGUUUCUGUUACCGCCGGCAACAAGAGGGACUACGCUGCUAAGGCUGCAGCAGGCAAGGGGCAAGGUAAAGUUGUUGCUGUUAUCGGUGCCGUAGUAGAUGUACAGUUCGAUGACAACCUGCCUCCUAUCCUAAAUGCGCUGGAAGUACAGAACCGCCAGCCCCGUCUGGUGUUGGAGGUCGCGCAACACUUGGGAGAGAACACCGUGCGCACAAUCGCUAUGGACGGUACUGAGGGCCUGGUGCGCGGUCAGCCUGUGCUUGACUCUGGGUCGCCAAUUCGUAUCCCCGUUGGCCCCGAGACUCUCGGCCGUAUCAUCAACGUUAUCGGUGAGCCCAUCGACGAGCGAGGCCCCAUCCCGACUGACAAGACCUCUGCCAUCCAUGCCGAGGCCCCAGAAUUCGUCGACAUGAGCGUACAACAGGAGAUUCUGGUCACUGGUAUUAAAGUCGUGGACCUGCUGGCUCCCUAUGCCAAGGGAGGUAAGAUUGGUCUUUUCGGCGGCGCUGGCGUCGGGAAGACUGUAUUGAUUAUGGAACUGAUCAAUAACGUCGCCAAAGCCCAUGGUGGUUACUCAGUGUUCGCCGGCGUAGGUGAGCGCACCCGUGAGGGCAACGACUUGUAUCAUGAAAUGAUAGAGGGCGGCGUCAUCUCCCUCAAGGACAAGACAUCCAAGGUAUCACUAGUGUACGGCCAGAUGAAUGAGCCCCCAGGCGCGCGUGCCCGAGUCGCUUUGACUGGCCUCACUGUUGCAGAGUACUUCCGUGACCAGGAGGGUCAGGAUGUGCUAUUGUUCAUUGACAACAUCUUCCGUUUCACCCAGGCUGGUUCUGAGGUAUCUGCCUUGUUGGGACGUAUCCCAUCUGCUGUAGGUUAUCAGCCCACUCUGGCCACUGACAUGGGUACCAUGCAGGAGCGUAUCACCACCACUAAGAAGGGCUCCAUCACCUCCGUACAAGCUAUUUAUGUGCCUGCAGAUGACUUGACUGACCCUGCUCCUGCCACCACCUUUGCUCAUUUGGAUGCCACCACAGUGUUAUCCCGUGCCAUUGCUGAGCUGGGAAUCUAUCCUGCUGUGGACCCUCUCGACUCCACCUCUCGUAUCAUGGACCCCAACAUCAUUGGUGCCGACCAUUACAAUGUCGCUCGUGACGUGCAGAAGAUCUUGCAGGAUUACAAGUCACUUCAGGACAUCAUUGCUAUCCUGGGUAUGGAUGAGUUGUCUGAGGAGGACAAGCUGACAGUUUCCCGCGCGCGUAAGAUCCAGCGUUUCCUAUCGCAGCCUUUCCAAGUUGCUGAGGUGUUCACAGGACAUGCUGGGAAGUUGGUGCCUCUUGAAGAAACCAUUAAGGGCUUCUCCCAAAUUCUAACUGGUGAGUACGAUCACCUUCCCGAGGUUGCGUUCUACAUGGUUGGCCCCAUCGAGGAGGUUGUCGCGAAGGCCGAAACUCUAGCCAAGAGCACAUAAUAGAGAUGUCAUUAAUGUGAAUGGAUGAGAAUGUAAAUCGUAUUUCUUAAUAAAUUACUAGUGGUAACUA